AUGUAUGGACCUCAAGCAACUCUGUUCAGGGCCCUGAAGAAGAUUCCAGGGAAACACAAAGUGGAGAACCCAGACCCGAUCAGCACGGGAACCGAGUGGCGAGUGUGUACUAAACUCACCGGGGAGCUGGGAAGGGGGAAGUUUGCGGUGGUCAAGCGCUGCGUGGAGAAGGCCACGGGCAAAGUGUUCGCCGCCAAGUUUCUCCGAAAGAGGAGGCGAGGCCGCGACUGCCGUGCCGAGGUCGUCCACGAGAUGGCCGUGCUGGAGGCGGCCCGCAGCAACGCCCGCGUGGUCAACCUGCACGCGGCCCACGAGACGGACCACGACAUCGUCCUGCUGCUGGAGUAUGCGGCCGGUGGGGAGAUAUUCGACCACUGCGUGUCUGAGGAGCUGCUGCCAGAGGCCCAGAUCACGCGCCUGAUCAGGCAAACUCUGGAGGGAGUCCACCAUCUCCACCAGAGUAGCCUGGUGCACUUAGACCUCAAGCCGCAGAAUAUUCUCCUGACCAGCCUGUGUCCUCCGGGAGACAUAAAGAUCGUAGACUUUGGCCUGGCACGCAGACUGGGUGCGGUCGGAGAGCUCAGAGAGAUUCUUGGCACACCUGAAUAUGUGGCUCCUGAGAUCCUGAAUUAUGAGCCAAUCACAACAGCCACUGACCUAUGGAGUGUGGGUGUUAUAGCCUACAUGCUGGUGACGGGCGAGUCUCCGUUUGUCGGGGACGACAAGCAGGAGACGUACCUGAACGUGUCCCAGGUCAACGUGGACUACAGCAGGGAGGCCUUCUCCAGGGUGUCUGAGCUGGCCGUGGACUUCAUCCGCAAGCUGCUGGUCAAAACCCCCGAGGACCGGCCCAGCGCCGCCGAGUGCAUGAGCCACCCCUGGCUGUGGCAGCUCUGCCUCAGCCCCGACUGCACCACCACCACCACCACCCGCGCCGUCCGCGAGAGGAGCUGCGGCACCAAGUGGGCCGCCCCCCCCGAAGACCCCGAGGACAAGGAGAACUUCCUGGAGUCGCCCCACUCUCACGCAAAAAGGUUCCGCUUCGACGAGGAAAGGCCCGCAGCUGGAGACGGGGACUUCUGAGAACGUAACACGGGAGGAAGGGAAGUCUGAGGCGGGGACGCCCACUUCCUCCUGUCAGCUUUUAAAUUCUUUUAAGCCUCCAGGAAACCAGCUGUCGCCACAUAAAAGUACUUAGGGGACUGUUCAUUUGUUAUUUAAGGGGCCACGGAGCGGUUUCCACCAGCAAUCCAUUUUUCUACGACCCUCCAAAAUGAUUAGGGGAGAAAAGGCAUGACCCCCCCCAACGAUGUGUUGACGCCUUCUGUUCUGGUUUGUGUUUGGCAAAGAUGAACAGCUAGCCACUUGUUGUUGUUGUUGUUGUUGUUAUUUACAAUAAUACAUAUAUGACUUCUGCUUUCAAAAUAAUCUACUGCUCGCCCGUCCGUCUUUAUAUUCAAACUGGUAAACCAUAAUCAGGAUCAGGAUUCAGUAGUCAGGACCGGAACCAUUCUUAUUCCAAUGGGGGGGGGGGUGUGUUUAGGUGAGGUGCAGCGGUGUUGCUCUGCUGUCCUUGUGACGAGCUUUGCAGGGGGGGGGGGGGCCGACACACACACACACACACACACACACAGGCGCACACACCAGCCACCGCGUCCCUUCUGUUGCCCGAUGGCUACACUGCAAAUUAAUUGGUUCUUACCAAGGUAAAAAAAACAACUUAGAAUUAGAAAUGUUAGAUAAUUUAUCUUGUUUUAAGACUGAAUUUCUCAUUUUAAGUGUUUACACUAUAACCUUAAAUCCAGCCAGCGUGUCAGGUGAGAUGGUCUCGCUGCAUGGACAGAUGAUGUCACCUUUCCCUCAGAUUUAGGGUUUUUAUCUGGUUUUUAGACCCUUACCUCAGGCUAAUUAACUGGUUAGUAAGUGGCUUAAUGUUCUGUGCGUUGUCGGACACGUGCAGCCACUUUUGUGAAACCGCUUGCAGGACUGACGAGUCCACGGCGGCCUGUGGGGUUCAUGCCCCCGCCCGUCCCCACCGCCUCCACCUGCAGGUUGUCAACUAUGUGAUUUGGAAUGAAAAGGGAGAAAAACGGACGGAGGAACUAGGCCAUGUAGUUUCUUUUUUAGAUUAAAAAGGGGUGAAAGGGGGGUGGGUCUUUGUUGAGGGGGGAGGUGACCCUCCUCUCAACAAAGACUAAAAACACAUGACCCUCCCCUAUUUUCCUCCCGUGGUCCAUUCCAUAAACACCGAACAGUCCCUUAGGCUGUGUUUCUAUUUCAUCCAUUUUCUAAAUUCCAGGAUCGACCACUCAGGCCAAAGAUAACCAGCUAAAACGUUGAGAUCCUCCUCUGGUCUAGCGCUGUUAAAAGUGUGUAAAUUGUACAGUAUUUCUUAAUGAAUGCAGUGUGUUUAACCUGAAGUAUUCAAUACCUUUCAUUGUUGUUCAGGUCUCUGUGUCCUGAUGAUGACUAGUGUGCAGUAUUUCUAGGGAAAUCUAUGCAAUGCUUCUUUUGUGCAUUUUAAAUCUAUUUUCUAAAAACCUUGAAGUAGCGCAGCGCUCCGCCUUAACCUCGGAAGUUAAGUGUUCUUAUGCUUCAGCGGAAAUACGCGAGUGUGAGAAUCGAGAUAAGCACCUCUGCUUUGAGGAAGUGUGAUAAAUGUCCUUAUUUGCAAGUCAAAGCGAAUGAGGGACAGCUGGACAGCUGCAUCAUGGGAAACGUUAUGACUCCCAUUAUUUUCUCGGAGUCGAGGUACACGAUUUAAAUGAAAAUGAAUGCAACAUGCUGCUGCCUCCGCCUUGGCUCCAUCCCCUACUACCUGCAGCGUUGCUGUACUCCACAUCCAGGCAGAAAGGCUGAGCUACACACACGCCUCACACAUUCCUUAUAUGGCUUCUUCUCCAUGUCUCCAGUAGCACAAGGGUUUAUACUUAGCUCAGGGUUUUAUGUAUAAAAACUCAUUUUAGUAAUUCCAACCUUUAGCAUAUUCCCCUUCUAAAUGAAUUCCACAUCUCCCACAUUUAUUAUGGAUUUUCCAAUUCCCAACAUGAGCAGCAGAUCUCGGUGUUCAUGGCCUUGUUGUGUGUCCUUCUGUAGUAAAAUAGAAACUUAAAACUGUACAAACGGUGACUCAUGCGGUCGUUCACAUGCCGCACCCACACUUACUCAAAUGAUUUCCUCACCACGCCGCGAGUUCCUCUUCUGUUGGCCAGAAAAAGAGAAACACCACUUUAGCACUUACUUCACCAGCAAAACAGGAGCUUUGUGUGUGUGUGUGUGUGUGUGUGUGUGUGUGUGUGUGUGUGUGUGUGUGUUGUGUGUGUGUGUGUGUGUGUGUGUGUGUGUGUGUCAUUCAGCGUCCUUUCAUUAAAAGCUUCUCCAGUCCUGUUGGCCCAUGGUGCCCGAAGUAAAAUAUAUAUAUAUUAAUUCCUGUUUUCAUCUCAGGGCAUUCUGCUCACUCUGCUCCCUUUGUUUUGUAUUCUUAAUUUUCUUCUUAAAGGCCUAUUCUUAUUAUUAUUAUUAUUAUUUAUGUGCUGGACUUGUACUUAUAUUUUUAUGUAAAUAAUGUGCUCAUGUGUCUUAUUCUAAGGAAGUGUUGAUUAUGGUGGGUUAAUAAUUUAAAACCAGCUGUCGUGGUUCUCGUGUCGUGAAGGUUUGACUGCAGUGGAUUGGGGAGAAGAAGAAGAAAGUAAAGGAGAGUUAGUUGAUGGAGGAGGGAAGUAAAGAAGAAGAGGAGUCGGGUGGCGUCAGGCAGGAGGACGAGGAUUGAAUUCUGCACAUGUGGAGUUGGAAACCUAUCUCGAAAGAAGCGUUUAAAGGAAUAAUUCAGAUGUUUUAGGAAAUCUGUGCAUUUCCAAGUGUCGGACUAGUCCUUUAAAGUUGAGUGUUAAGAUAUGUAGAAACCAAAAGGCUUUUUGGGUGAUGGGAAAGUAGAGAUGAUGAUGAUGAUGAUGAUGCUGUGGUUUUGAAAGAGAGACGGAUGUUUGUCCCGAGAAGCAAACCACUGUAUAAUGUGAAAUAUGAAAUAUGAGGUGCUAUUGAUUCACAGGGUUUUGCCGUCUUUUGUGCGUUUGAAUGAGUUAACCCUUGUGUUGUCUUCCCGUUAAUCCAGUUUCAAAUUGAAUAUGCUUUUCCAAUGUUUUUGUCAUUUUUUCUGAUUUAUUUCUCACUUUUUCCAGCUUUUGGAGCUUUUUUUUUUAAAACCUGAGCUGGUUUAAUAACAGGUUUUACACUUAUUCUUGGAAUUCAUGGUCAACAAACCUCAUUUAUAUCAAAUUAUACACACGUUUUUAGUUAAAAAGGCAGAAAUGAUGACUUAUUUUGACUAAUAGUUAAGAUCAGAGGAUGUUGAGUGGAUCUCAGAUGGGUAGACGUUAAAUUUUGGUCCGGAUACUGUUUGGAAACCAUUAAAAACAUAAUUCAAAUGCUAAAAGAUUAAAUAAAACAUCCAAAUAAUUCAAUGAAAGUGACGUCGUGUGGAAUCAUCCAUGUUAUAUUUGGGCAAUUUGGUUGAAAAAAAAUCCAUAUUUCUGAUAUAAAACACUCAAUUUGACCCGAGGACGACACGAGGGUUAAAGAAAAACCUCCUGAAGUGCCAAGCUGGCAGCUGUGAUAGCUCUUAGUCUCCAGUGCAACAUUUGCUUUUUGUUCCAUGGUGCCAAACCGCAUAAGACCACAUUGUGUUGUUGUUUGUUGUUGUCACCAGCUGGUACAACGGCCUUUGUGUAGGAGAGGGCGUCUCCAGCCACGGCCAUGCUGUCAUACUCCUAAAACUGGAACAGGUUCUCAUCUCAACCAGGGAUCUAAUCUCACCGAGUUAGCAGAUUCUACUUGUUGAAAGAUGUGGGGAAAGUGAACCCAGAGAAGUCCCAGGCUCUGUUCUGCUGCUGUAUACGGAAAUAAGCUUGAAUCUCAAGAGUCAGUCUCUCAGUCAGUCUGCUUCUUCUAGUACCUCUAAAAACAGGGGUCGGGGUCUUGAGAGGAUUUGACCUGGCUCAGGUGCACAGAAACUAGGAGAGCUUUCCUGAUGCAGCAACAUCUGGGAAUAAGGGAUGUUGAGACUCGGGGUGUAGCGUGAUCCUGAGAGCGGAUCGGACUGGUUUGGCAGGGCAGUGAUGUCAGGGUCUCAGUCUGCAGGAUGAUGGCCUGCUGGACUGGGUCGGACGGACUGGUUUGGCAGGGCGGUGAUGUCAGGGUCUCAGUCUGCAGGAGGACGGCCUGCUGGACUGGGUCGGUCGGACUGGUUUGGCAGGGUGGUGAUGUCAGGGUCUCAGUCUGCAGGAGGACGGCCUGCUGGACUGGGUCGGACGGACUGGUUUGGCAGGGCGGUGAUGUCAGGGUCUCAGUCUGCAGGAGGACGGCCUGCUGGACUGGGUCGGUCGGACUGGUUUGGCAGGGCGGUGAUGUCAGGGUCUCAGUCUGCAGGAGGACGGCCUGCUGGACUGGGUCGGACGGACUGGUUUGGCAGGGCGGUGAUGUCAGGGUCUCAGUCUGCAGGAGGACGGCCUGCUGGACUGGGUCGGUCGGACUGGUUUGGCAGGGUGGUGAUGUCAGGGUCUCAGUCUGCAGGAGGACGGCCUGCUGGACUGGGUCGGACAAAGGGGAUCCUGUUUUUGUGUCCGCCACUUGAACAUGACUUGACUCAGCCUGUGUGUGUGUGUGUGUGUGUGUGUUCGUGUGUGUGUUCAUUGUCUCUCAAGGUGCAGCACCCUGAUGACACCCAACACUCCUGUUAGUUGUGUGUGUGAGCAGUCAGACUGAAGGAGACUGAAGGCUGAUGUCAAACCAGCUACAAGCAAAUAAAUGUCCCCCACACGUGUUUGUUUAUUUAGCAUUUUAAAUUGUUUUUAAAUGUCUGAGCAUUCUGAUGCAUCUGAAAUGACUAAAAAAAAAAAAAAAAAAAAGCCCUAAUCCUGAUUUGUAUUCUGAUCAACUGCCGGCGAUAUGUAGGCGUCACAAAGCCAACUGGAAAAGCUCAUUAAAGGUUGUAGAACAUA